UGGUUUGCACUAAACUGGCUUAAUAACUUUCAAGUUCAAGGACAAGUACCAUCAGUGGAGACUGUUACGAAAGCACGAUGUGUUGCCAACUGUUACACUGUGGUAAGUCAAUAUAUGUUAUGUAAGAUGCUAAGCAAAUAAGAGAAUAGGAUUAAUAAAACUAAUUUACCUUGUGUGAAAUAGGCUAUUACUUUGAAAUUCUUACGAAUCUAUGUUCUUAGUGUGCAAAGUCAAGACUGAAGAGCACUGAAGUUUUAUGCUCAAUUUUUUCGUUACAAUUUUAAGUCAUUGCUUCCUGGCUAUGUGCAAUUUACGUAGAUUUCAGGGCCGUAUGUGAACGAGUAUAGAUUCAUAUUCACAGGUAAAAUUUCAUAUUCCACUAAGAUCCUAAUUUAUUUUAGUAAAUAUACUGAGUCAAUCGAAGAAGAAAUGCUGUUCAAACAUCCUUUUUUUUGUCUCAGUAUGGACCGUCACGGUCAAUGUGUUAUUUUGCCGGACUAUAAUGGUGAUAUUAUUUACCUGAAAUCUGAAUACCAAGCCGAUCUUUUAUUAGAGUCUUAAAAUCGUGUGAUUCGCCAUUCAUUUCAAGUGGCGACCACCUCAUAACUGCCCCAGUUAAAUUAUUAGGUUGCACCAAGAAGGUUUAACUUUACUAUCCUAACAGUGAAACGAUCUUUUUCUUAAAAAAAGAAGUAUUUUAUAUAAUUACGUCAUUUUCAGCAUUUUAAAAAAAAUGCACAGUUAUCGUCAAGAUUUGACUUAUGCAUAGUCAUUACUAGCAAAUGACAGAAAUCUGAUUGCCUUUGUUCUCGAGCAGCUUUUGAGACGUUUUUAUUUUGGCAAAGUAAAACAACUGCUAGCUCUUUCUCAGGUUAUGACAGAUAUUUCAACCUUGAAUUAAGAGGAGCUUACUAGCAAGACUGUGGUAUAAACAAUAAAACCUAUUAUCAUUCGAAGCAAAUUUUUCUUUCUUUGUCACGAGAUUGGCCGAGAGCCCACCUCGUGACCUGCAAAUAACUGCCUACAAAUAAUGGUCUGCUCAUGCGCAAUGCCGUCCAACUGUGUCUGGCUGCAAAUAAUAUUCUGCUCAUGCGUAAGGAAACCGUGCUUUUCUCCUUCUUCCGAUCGCUCUUGUGUGAAAAUGGCCGAUCGCUUCGCUCCCCAAAGGAUAUUCAUUAAAAAAACAAACCCGGUGAUCGAAUGAUAAAACUAUUAUUGAACUAGGUUAUCCCAAAAUAUCGUGAUCUGUCAGUGGCUCGCAGAUCAAUUAGUUGCCUCAGCAUUCGGCUUCGGUAAAUAAUUGAUCUGCUCGGCCAGAGAAAAAUCACGAUACUUUGCUCAACCUCGUCCAAUAAUUGUUAAUUGUCGUAAGCGAGGCAAUGACAAUUAUUCUUGCGAGUUUUCAUUAUAAUACAUAUAGAUGUCAAAGGAAACGGCGAUAUUGUUCUAAUAACUGCGCAAAAGAUGGCAAAUUCUUAACUCGUUUGUGAAUGUGGAAGUCGGUACUCAAUAGUAAUCGUGAUGUCUUGAGCUUACACUGGAACAAACAAAACAUCUGAGUUCCCGCCGGGAUCGAACCUGAAAUUAUGAUAAAUUAAGCUAGUUUUCCUAGAUUUAAACGAUACGUAACAUGUCUCAUACAUUAGUAUUACUAUUGUUUAAUAAUAUUUUUCAUAUUUGGGUUUAGUAAGUGAAACCGCCUGUACGACAUAGUUAAUAGCCAACCUAGAUAGUUGGUUCGAAGCACGCGAUAAUUUCGAUAAUCGCCCAAGUGAUAUUGCCUGUGUCAUAGAUCACUCACUUCAGUGUCCUUGACUGAACAUGAUUACUGGCAAACAUCAUUGCUUAAAGCCCAUGCCAUUCUAUGGUAUGACGUAGUGUCGCAGAAGCAGUCGUAAAUACCGGAUUAAAACCAUUUUUCCCGAUCUGAAUAUAGGGGGCAAAGCUAAACAGACACAAAAAUCAUAGUUAAAUUCAAAUUUACAUGUAUGUUGAAGGAUCACUUUAUAAUUAUCAAUGAGAAAGAAAAAAAGGCGGUUUUACCAAAUACUUAAUGCAGUAUUUUUGUUUGUUUGCUUUUUUUUUAACCAACGAAAUAUAUAAAAGCGUUCGUAAUAAUGAUUUUAAUACGGUUGACGCAUUGUGCGUGUUUAUUAUGUGGCAUAAGUGAGAAUGCCAUGGUGUUAUUUUUUGUUUACUAUAAUGACCCUUCUCUCUUAAUCUUUUUACUUACAACUUUCUAACUUUCCAGUUAAUUAUUUGCAGCGAUUAAAGGGACAUCUUAUCUGAUGCAUGGUAAUUCGAAUGAAAAUCAGCGCAAUAACAUUAUAGACCGACCACACUUGGGGAAGACCACGUUUUCUUUUCUUUUUUUUGGGGGGGGGGGGGGGGGGGGGGGGGGGGGGCGGUCAGAGGGGGGGACAUGUACUUUUUAAAAUUUAAAAAAAUUUUUUUUACCCCUUUUUUGGUGUAUAAAGUUUUUUAAUAUUUUCUUUUACACAUGCCCAUAAUGUGGCCCUUUUUCUAUUUUCUGGGGGAUUUUUGCUUUUAUGUAUAGUUUUUUGUGUUAAUCAUUACUUUAGAUUAUUUAAUUAUGUUUUUGAUAAGAAGGUGGGUAAUUUAUGUUAAGUUAUUAUGAAUAAAGUAAGAAAGAAUAGAAAAUAGUAGAGUUGUCGUUAUUUAUUGUGGUAAGUAUUUUUUUUUUUGUUUUUUUUGGGGGGGGGGGGGGGGAGGGUUGGGGGGGGGGCAGUCAUGAAGUGCGACAUGUACCUUUUCAAAUUUAGAAAAAUGUUAUUUAGCUCCAUUUACGAGGAUUAAGCUUUUCAAGAUUCUCGUUUACACAAGUCCGUAAAUCGAGCCUAAUUCUAACUACUCGGGGAAUUUAGCAUUCGAUUAUAGAGUUUCGUGUUGGCCCUAGUUAAGGUUGACCAAUUUGCAAAAAAGGUCUUAAAUACUUUAAAGUAGAAUUUUCCUUCGUAGUCAAAGUAUAUUUCCGUUAGCUAAGAACGAGUUACUCAUCUUGUCGUACCGAGAAUCCGUACUGACUUAAAGGAGGUUUUAGACUCUGUUAUAUUCACUGUUGGGUUCCAUUUUACAUAUUUUAUUUGUAUCAUUGUUUUUUAAUUUUUCUGUUCUAGUAUGCAGACAAAAAAAAUGACUCCGAGAGGAUAUGUGGAACCGUGGCUUGUCAAGAAGUAAGUGCUGAUUUCGACUGUACAGAAUAUCUGUUCUUGAGGCUUCUUAAAGGCUUUUAUUGACGACAAUUGUCACUGCCAUACUUUGCAAUACUUCGCAUUGAAGGAAAACCAAUUUUCCUCCAGUUCCUAUAAAUCCAUAACUUUUUCGGAUGUGAAAAAUUUAUCGUUCUGAUCAUUCUUAUUUUCAACAGUACCCUAAUGUUUGCCCAAUAUUUUUACUUCAAAGUACCAGAAAGUUAGAUAUAUAGUUGAUAAAAGUGCCUACGUGCGGAUUGUUCCAAUUAUGACGGCGUUUGGCCGCUACUGAACUAUGACAAACUACCCUCGCAAGGAUUCAAAAGAAGAAGGAGAAAAUGCAUUUCAUUUUCUCUGCCUUCCCUUUUCUUGCCUGCCACAGAGGCUAAUGGAAUUUCAAGCGGACAACUGGUCUUAAAGAGUACUGAUAAGCAUUAUAACCUACGAAGUAAUUUUCCUGUUCCAAGAUAUCAUACUGUUAAGUAUGGCAAGCACAGUAUCAGAUAUUUAGGCCCACACAUAUGGGGCAAGAUGAGCCAGGAACUACGCAGUAAGACCAGUCUUCAGGCAUUCAGGAGAGGGGUGCGUGCUCUCGAUGUGCUUGGCUUGCUGGACGGUACGUGUGCCUGCUGUGCAUGCUCAUCUUAUAGUGGUGGGUAUGCGUAGUGGCUUCUGCUGUCUGGCUGCCUGUUUUAUUGGGAGUGUGCUUUCCUAUCCUCUAUUUAAUUCGUCUAAUUUAAAUUUUCCAGACUUUUAACUUUCUGAAUUUUGUAUUUAUGUUUGACUGCUGCUUAUUUGUUUGUCUUAUAUUGUUUGUUUGUUUGUCUGUCUAUCUGAUUGUCUGUUUUGUUUUUUGUCUAUCUAUUUGUUUCUCUUUGUUUAUCCCCUGCUUGUCCUGCUGUUUGUCUGUAAUAAUUUUAUAUAUUAAUUAAUGUUAUUUCUAUAUAUUAAUGAUAGUUGAAGAAUAUAUUUUUAAUAUUUAAACGUAUACUUGAUUUAAUAUUAUAUUAUAUUCAUUUUUUUAUUUAUAGUGUCCACAAUUAGCUUUAAUUUUAGCUAAAUACCUUGACACUUUAAUAAAGUUUAUGUAUGUAUGUAUGUAUGAUUAUCAGCAAGGCCUCAAAAAUUCAGUCUUUAGUUUCUUCGCGCGGGAAUGCUGGGAAUUCCAGCAACAAAAAAUAUUUUUUUAAAACCCAUUUCGAAUUCGAAUAUUUCUCUUUCUUUCUCACUCAUUUGAAAUUGAAACGAUAAAUACAUUCAUACACUCCCGUAGUUCCCUCGAAAACCACACCCGAUUCCAGUCUAAAAUGCGUAAAGUCUAUACCCGACUUCAAACCUUCAUAAAGGUGCAAAAACCAUACCCUUUGGGACGGCACAUAGUAACCUAUUAGUAAAUAGCUAAUUUAAGGGAGUACCACCCUCGAGGUUAGUUCACGACAGUUUGAACAAAAUAGACACGACAUAUGCUUGGGUAUGGCCUCUUCUUUAAUAUCACACAGUCAGCUAUGGGACCGCGCUGACCUGGACACUACUUUUGCUAGUUUAAAAAGCGUUUACCUCAACCCCUGCCAAAAUCAAAUCUACGCGUCAGAUACAUCCGGAAAUCCGCUUCUAUCCUACCUAGUGUUUCAUUCGAUCCUAGAUCUUUUAUUGAAAAUCUCUUUUUGAGCAGAGCAAACUUUUACUAAUCCUAUUACAUUAUUUUUAUCAUAUCUGGUUAAGAACAGUAUUCAAAGGAACAUGAACAGACGAGGUGAGAAACGCGUAGGCGCCAGGCGGGAGAAAUCGCCUUCGUUUACCAAAAUAUCAAGAGAAAUGAAUCAGUAACAUUGGCGAGCAAAUAAUCAUUAUAAAAAUUUGGAAAAUGGAUGGAAAAGGUUACAUAUAUUUGGAAAAUUAAGCAUUCUCGACCGCGAACCUUCCACAAUCAUUCAGGCUUCGUGCAAUUUCUCACCUCUACUGAUGUUCGAAUUCGGAAGUAUUCGUCGAUGUUUGCCUUUCCCUGGAAAAAUCCAUCGUUGAAUUCUCAAUGGUAUAUAAAAAAUGAGUCCUCUGAUGUGGCUUAGGGCCGAUAAUCACGAUUUCGGCUUGUAACUAGUUCAACUCUACAAGGUUUGUUUAGAGUAUUCCAGAUACGCUUUUGUUUCACGCGCGUCUUGUGCAUGGCGAGCCGCAAGCCUUAGCGACCGAAAUAUGGGGGAAGAUGAAUUCAGCCAAGCAUAGACCGUUGACAGCUUGAAACCAUACUUGAGCUGAAAUGCGAAUCUCCUUUCGUGGCCUCCUGUGAAGCUUUUUCCGACAUAUCUUUCAACCGCUCAUUUUACCACACACUACUAAAAAGCUGAUGAGACGAACACAACUCAAAAAUAGAACCUGAUAGAAUGAAAAUCGCUCAAAAACGGUGCAUCAGUUGGAAAACUUGUGGUGGUGUAGAGGAGUUUUGCAACAAACAGGGGAUACCUCAGAAUCAAUAUGCAUUUAUUUACCGAAGAUGAACGAAGUGCAGCGAUUUAAAUUUAAUAGAAUUUACAUUAACUAUAAAUUCAAAUAGUUUUUACAGUAGCUUUCUCUGGAGAGCAGAAUUUAAAUAGGAGACUUCACCGGCCUUUUCUCAAAGAAGGGAAUAGUCCCGCUUUUAAUUCUGCUCCCCCGAAAUUUAUAUUUCUAAAUCUAAGUAGUUUUCUUUUUCUUUUAAAAAAAUUUUACGGGGGAAUCGAAAUGAAUUUUGGUUGAUUGGUUGCGUCCAUCGCGGUUCCCCCUAUUAGUUUUUUAAUAAAAUACCAUUGCACGAACGGUCUCUAUUAUUUUUCACGAGCCAUAACCAAGCAAGUUCCCUUGCACUAAGCGAAGGCGACACACCCGAUCGCUUGCUUUUUCAGGCGACUCACCCAGAAGAGCACGUGCAGACGGAACUUUGGUCGUUGUUUAGCUUUGUUUUGAAUCACUCAAAUAAUAAGUUCAAUUACGAAUUCUGAGCGUCUAGUUGACUCAAUACAAUCUUAGCAAGUCCCAAACAAAAGAAAAAUAUAUUUGCAAACCGUUUUCCAAGACGAUUUUACCUUAUAAACUUUCCUAAGGCCUCGUUUUUUUACAGAAAGAUUCAUUUAAUAUACACGUUUUAAAAAGUCUUCUUGCACUAAGCGAAGGCGACUCACCCGAUCGCUCGCUUUUAAUCAGGCGACACACCCAACAUAAAAGCACGUACAGAAUACCCUGAACCAUGUUCAUGAAUUUGUUUUUGGUGAAUUAUAUCAAAGCUCUCUGCUCGUGAUAAAUAAUAGAGAGCGUUUGCGCAGUCGUAUUUUAUUUAAAAAAAAAAAAAUAGGGGUGAACCGCGAUGGACACAACCAAUCAACCAAAACUCAUUUCGAUUCCUCCGUAAAUCAUUUUAAAAGAAAAAGAAAGCUACUUAGAUUUAGGGCCUUACAAAUAACGAGCAAAUUUAACACUCAGCCACCUAUCUGUGAAGUACCUUAGGUAGGUCGGUAGGGGUAUGGGUAACACGAGCGUCUGAUAUUUUUAACGCGUUUCAUUUCAUUUUUGAUCAAAAUAAAAAGCUUUUAUGAGGUUUAUACUUGCAUGGAAUAGCUCUUAUUAAUGGCUUUGUAGCACAAUUUGCUACCAGUGGGAGUCAUAUCCGCCUAUUCGAUACUAAGAAAACGAUUAUUUUCGUAGGCAGAGCUCCGUUCGGCUGUGUUGAGAACGCAUGCAACAACGCAAUAUUACGCGAUAAUUUCUGGCCUUAUUGUGCAAAGAGUGUUUUAACUGUAAGAUAAUUUUCUCAUUAAUUGAAACAAGGAUCUGAGCAUGAAGUGACAACUAUAAAUCGCACUGGAUCAUGAUGAAGCAUUUAAACAUCGGCAACAAGCAAAACAGUUGAAAAAAGAUCAGAGAUAUAGCAAUUUGGCCACUACGUGUGUAUGUGUAUUAUAAAACACGGACGUCUAUAAUUUUCAACACAUUCCUUUGUUUAUCAAGAAAAUGUAGCACGAAAUUAAUAGAGCUUGUCGACUAAUUUAAUAGGGUACUUUUUGUACACAAAAUUGCCUCCAGUGGAAGUUGUGCUGGGCCUGUUUCUUCCUAAACACGAUCUGUACGAUCGGGAGCGCCACAUUAAAUUUGGCGGGCAUUUAGGAGGUUUUGGCGCGGAUAUGUUCGAAGCAGAAAUAAAUAAAUCGAACACUGUGCUUACCUUCAAGGAGUCUUGCGAUUAAUCAAGUCAUUAUACAAACCAGAAUUAAUGUGUCGCAAGGAAAACCUACUGAUCUAAGGCUGAAUUGGCCUCGCAUUUGAACCAACGUGAAGAAGGAAGGCUGGCCAUCUCCGGUUUUCAGAAGAGAAGCUUGAAUUCUCCUAACCUUUCCGAUCUGUUUAAAUGUUCUUGAAAUACCAAUCGCUUCUAAGGGAAGCGAUUUUGAUCGCGAAUUAACACAGAAAUUCUCGACCAGGAAACGGCAAAAAGUAACCCACAUAUACUCCAUACAAGGUGGCUUGAUCGGGCUGAUCCGAUCCGGAGAAUAGUUGAAAAGACCGCGCUCGACUUUAUUUACAUGUAUUUACCCCACCUUGUAUUGUUUUAACCAUAUUAACAGACAGUUGCGAAAUUUAGAAUUGUUUCAUCGCCUCUGUGAAGAUCACUACCGAUGACAGCUAAUCUGACCCCUGCUAACAUGCACGAGGUCGGAGGUAAAAUUCUAACAGGAAAUUGAGUAUAGCAACCGUCACUCAAGAUAAUUAGAAAAGGGACUUUACGCGGCUCCUCAUGCAAUCUAAUGCGCAUGUGCAUCAGCUGACUGUGUCCCUUUAAUGACCAUUAUGAUGAAAAUCUUACAUAGGAAAACUGCAUCUGGUAUUGGAGCUAUAAAACAUAUCAAUCAUUGCUUGCCCCCUACCGCCUUGCAUGAUGUAUAUUAUGGCCUUCUCCAAUUACACUUUGACUAUGCAGCGUGGUAUGGGGUAGCAGUUGUUAAGUUUUGCGCGAUAAAUUGCAGCGGCUCCAGAACCGUGCCGAACGUUCUCAAAAACUCCAAUUAUGAUGCAGAUGCGAGAAAACAUUUAAAUGACUUGGGGUGGUAGAACCUUGAAACUCAGUGGCUAAUUCAUAAGGCUGUGAUGGUGUAUAUUAAAUCUUUGAAUUGCCUUGCACCUGAUAACCGGUCAAUAAUAAUAAUAAUAACGCGAAUAUUUAUACAGGAUAACCUAUCAGGUCUAAUAAAAAGAACUGUUAUCAAAGGGGUCCUGUAAUUAUCUCAUAAAUAGCUAAAAAAUAAAAAAUAUAAUCGAUAAAGGAAAAUAAAAUAAAAUAACCCUAGGAAAUCUAAGAUUUAAAAAUCAAAAUCUGUAAAAAUCAUCGACUUACAAGACUGAAAAGAGUUGUGAAUUAUGGAAUACUAUUGAAACAAUUGUUUUUAAUUACUCUUAAAAAGAAACCUAGAAUUUAAAUUUCUUAAAUACCGAGGUAAAGUAUUAUAAACUAGAGUCCCUUGAAAGGCAAAACUUCUCCGUCCAAAUUCUAGUCUGGCUUUGGGAAGUUUUAGUGCACACCCAUUGUUUCUAGUGUUACUGUUGUGUUUAAUUUUGUAAAAUAUCCUUUAAAAGCCCAUGUCUGCAAUAGGACUUCUGUUAGUUUGUGUUCGACCGUCCUGACAGAGAAAUAAUUUGAGAGGUGACAGACCUGAACUAUUAAAGGUGGUUACUGAAAGACUGAAGCUGCAAGUUACGAAAGUUAAUGACUCUUACGGGAACGUGACCAACAGAGACCCAAAGUUUCACAAUACGUAAAAACAGGUUGAAUCAUUGCUUUGUAGAUUUAAACUACGCAGCGAUAUAUUUAAUCCCUACUACCUUAAUAAGCUUGCUGUUCCCUUGCCACGAAUCAAUUAUAGCUUCUGCUACAGCGGGGCGUUUCUAUGGAACAACUUCCCCUCUAAUGCAAGACAAUAAAGUAAAAUCUCCGACUAGGUUUCGGAAACUGUUAACUUCUAGCUCGAACACUGCGUUCAUGGAAAACAGACCUUAAUUUAAUAAUUUUAUUUAUUCAACUAUUUAUUUAUUUAUUUAUUUAUUUAUUUAUUUAUAUGAACAGUCAUUUUUGUAAUUGCUAUUACUGUUAAUUCAAGAGUUUGUAAUAUUUUAGGAUAUUGUAUAUUAGCCCGGUGUUUUUACUUUGUGUAAAUAAAAGUGAUGAAGAUGAUGAUGAUGAUGAUGGUGAUGAUGAUGUUAAGAAAUCGAUGAAGCUGGUAACUUGCAGCAUGUAAUGUAUCUGGGAACCUUCUUUUUUUCAGUGCUUAUCACCGUGUGAAAAGACUUUCAAAAAUGAAUCAAUUUGCAUCAAGGAGUGUGUAAGUAAAAUGUUAACAAAAAUUUAUCAUUUUGAAACCGCCCAGCUUACCUUGUUGGAGGCAGAACCCUUUCUAGACGGUCUAAACGGAAGGGAAGAACGUUGAACUGUACCCAGUCAAUCGCUUCAAAUUUCUUUCAGUGUAGCUCUGGCCAGUUUUAUUAGUCUAAUUAUUGGCCUCAAAUAAGAAAAUAAAAUCAGCUCUUUGUCUUAAUUGCUAGCCCUUAAUUGCAUUCAGUUUUGUUUUAAUUGUGUGUAUAUUUUUUAUAAUGAGCGUUUGUUUAGUUGCUUUGCUUCUUUUUUUGCAGACUAAUUCUAGCAGUUGUGAAGCAAGCUGUUGGUUUCUGAAAUAUUUAAAUACACUCUCGUCAAUAAGAAAUGGCGAUGGAUCCAAACCACCAAUCCCAGGCACACCAACAUUAAGAAACAGGACUUUCACUUCAAUAACCUUACAAUGGGAGCCUGUGAAUACUACAAAUGGUACCUCUGUGUAUUUGAUUGCAGUGGAGUUUAAUGGGGAUUCCUUAAAAUCACCAUACUUCAUUAACACGGUGCGAACCCUAUUCAGAGUAUCAUUUUUCUUGAAAUUUAGCAGGCCAACCUGUCAAUUUAUUUAUUCUCAUUUAUUUUUAUUUAAUUUCCUCAAUCCAUACCACAGCGUGCGAGUACUAAAUACAACUGCUUUAAAAAAACAACUUAUGUUUGAGAAAUUGGGGAGUUACCACAGUUUUACUGCCUGAAGUCAUAACAGUCGCUAUUCUAGUUCAGCGCUAGCAUGUUUUAGGAGCUACAUGCAUGAUCGCCAGCAGUACCUACGAAUUGGCUCUCAAAUGUCCGGAAUACGUAAAUCUACACACGGAGUUCCACAAGGAUCCAUUCUGAAACCGGCCUUAUUUAACGUGUUCAUCAACUAUUUGCCUGGCGUUCCAGAUUAUUGUUCCUUACGAUCCUUCGUAGAUGAUUCCAAAUUACAUCUAUCAUUCCCAGUCAAGGAAAUUGACAGCGCUGUUCGACAAAUAACCGAAGACCUAAAGAAAGUUGCCUUGUGGUGCUGUCCGUUUAGCCUUCUGAUCAACCUUGAUAAAACGAAAUUGCUCUUAAUUGGCACUCGUCAAUAAGGAAUUUAUGCGUUAUUUAAAACCCUUAGUAAGCAGUCUAUUUUUGAGACAAGGUUGCUUAUAUUACUUUUGUCUUUGCAACGGAGAGAAUCAGAGGCUAUGUUACUGUUAUAUAUUUUUAUAGUUUUAUUUUUUAAUGUUUUAUAUAUUUAUAGUACUGAUAUUGAUGAUACAUGUAUUUGAUAUUGAUGUAAUUACUUUGAAAAGCCAUCCGUGGAAAGGGAUAAAGUUAUUGCGGGCUAUAAGAGGAGCCCGCAGUCAUAAUGUCCAGGUCGUUAUUUCCCAUGCGUCGCAUGUAUGUAGCCAGCAUUUCUAUGCGCUACCACUAAGAAUGAACAGGAAUGCACAGAACCUAACUUGAUCACGCGUGUUUUGAGCUUCUACCCCUUGUCAUCUUAUCACGCGUGUUUUGACCAACUGUCACGUGAAAUUUACGCAAAGCACAACGUUGGAGUAAAAGCGUUUGGACCUUCGAUCGUCGCCCGCAAUCCCUAACCUUUGGUUAUUACUAGUUAUUAUUAUAGACGAGUAGCCUUGAGCCAUUAUAUGGUUCUUAAAGGUUAAUAUCUUUUCUGUUCUUCCUGACGUUCUUAUUUUACCAAAUCUCAUCUUUAGGUAUUAUUAGUUCCUCGCAUUACUAUCAGUACGUCAUCACUGUGCGCAAGAGUCGGGUCACGUUUUCCUCGCCAAUCUUUCAAUGGUAUACACUUCAAAUACCAUGUAGCAGUCCUUACAGAGAAUUCAUCUAUCAGCUAUGGGACAAAAACAACUGACAACCUAAGUAAGUAUGUUGAAGAAGAUAUGAAUUUCUUCACAUUAAGUAAGCGAUUUCUCGCUCGUUAAGCGAUUGGUAAAAAGUACAGACCUGGCGAUCUGUUUUUUUUUUUUCCCUAAUACGCGCUCGAUUUUAGACGUCAAAAACUGUAAAUUAUUAUUAUUUGAAAAAACAAAUCAACAAAAAAAAUCAAAAGCUCUUCGUUGCUGUCCAUGAACUCCAUGAUAACAUGAAAGCAUGGACCGACCUACUAAAUAAUAGAACACACCGAUAAAAUGGUCAAAACAACUGAACAAAGAAACAAAAAAAUACAAAGCAAACUCCCUUGAGGAGUAACUUUCAUCCUUUUUUACUUCGGCGGAGCGCGAAGUAAAGGAUUCGCGACGCUCAGGAAUGACCCAAAGUUGCUUUAUUUGUGACAAGAUUGAGCACGCAAAGUCUGUGGGUUUUCCGUUUUAUUCGACUAUUUGACGAAGUGAGAACUGAAUUAGUUCACUUCGAUUUCAUUGAUUUAUUCUUUAACCUAGUUGGGGAAGAAAGACUAAUUAUUCACGGCUUUCCGGGGGUUUGAACCUACUCACCUGUGUGACCCGUCAGAUAAAAGGAGACUCUAAGUUCAAGGAUUAGCCCACGGCGCCACUGCGGAUGAUGUGUUUUAUAGCUCUGUAAAGACCAUGUUCCUCCGGUAUUAAACUUCCUUGUGUUAAUCCGACAUCCCUGCGUGCUAAUAGUCAGUGAAAAAUUAUCCUCAAAACAUUCGAACUCGUAAGAUUGAGUUUUAGGCAAUUCCAUGCUCAACGUAAUUGACUCCUUACCCAUGCCUUACAUAUCUUUAAUCAGUGCAUAGGACUGUUAUGCUAUUUUUGAAGCCUGGUGUAAAAAAAAAGAAUAGAGAAUUCUUUUUCACUGUUUGUUUGGUUAGACUUGUUACUCAUAAACGUUUAGACCCAAGUCAAAUUUAGAUGAGUUUGUAUGGAGUCAUCAUAGCAUAACUGAGCUAACAUCUCGGUUGCUCUUUUCAGAAUAUCCUUACAAAUCCCAUAAUUUCACAAAUUAACACCUUCGGCUGUUUCAAACGUCGUGCCACUGCCGUGCUAAGCUGGCUCGACUUUAGUUCGGAUUAAUAUCUCCGUUCUCGGUACUUAUCUCUUACAUACAGAUCAACGUUCUCCACAAACAUUGACUUUUGUUGUUGCUCUGGCCGUGCAUGAAAGCCGCGUAGAAUCUCAGAAUGCGGAUGAACCCACUAUACAACCUAUUAAGAUAUUCUUAUAAGGGGAAGAAGCUUUUUCAUUAAUUAGAGUACAUUGUUAGAAAUUUAUUUCAUUUUAUCUUUUAGUACCACUUGUGCCCGUAUCAGUUAGCAAUAUAACCAUCAACAGUAUUGUAUAUGUUGCCAAUCCAGCUGUUGGCCAGUUUGGCAAACUGAAGCUGACAGCGGCUUGGAAGCAGCCACGAGGUAAGUAGCAAGCAUCAUAUAUUAGGCUGAUUUAGCAACAGAACGCGAACAUCAUAUGACAUAAGCACAUGUAAAGAGUAAAUGCAACAUCCAGCUCUCCGUUCUUCAAAAGAAUGUUAAUUAUAGUAACAGACCUGCAACGUUGAAGUACCUUUAUUUGCUUUCUUUGCUCAAUUCAUUCAGUUUAGUUCGAACGUUUCAGAGAGGGUCUGUCUGGAAAACCUAGACCAUAUCGAUAGAACAAAUAAAAUUGAUUAAAUAUGCGAAUUAAAAGAACCAGUUAAGACUCACUUUCCAGUUAUUCUUUGGUCCUUACCUUCUGUCAAUGUGAGCGAUCACGGCCUGGUUCCAGGGGUUAAGAUAGUAGAGCGCAAAAAAUUAAGGAGGAAAAAAGUUAAACUGGCUGUGAGCAACAAAACUAACACAUUUUGGCAAGUGGACGGUCGGACACUCGUUGCAAGAUAAAAAAAACUGUUUAUUAGGGAUUUAGAACCUUCCCUAAAUGAAAAUGUCAGCGAUGAAAAACGGUUUAUUUCUUUUGGAGAUGUAUGUUUGGGAGCCGGGGAACCUUCCCUCGCUCUCGCCCCAUUCACGCCUCAUUUUCCCUGUUUUCCCCCACGUACCCUUUAAAUGGCUUCCCAACAUCUUAUCUCUGAACGCCUGGAACUGGCUAUGCGAGUGACUGUAACUGCAAAUAAUCAGCCAGUUGAAAAAACAGCUGCCGUAACGGAAUGUUAUGGUAUUGCUUUUAAACUUUAAAAAAUUAAGAUUGAUCGAGCAGUGUUGUUGUUGUUGUUGUUGUUUUGUUUUUUUUUUCACCCGAAAUGUGGUCUUAUUCCACGGUAGGGGUACUUCUACUGACGUAUUUUUAGAUCACAACGGUUUAACCUCGGCACCUCAUGAUAAACUCAUGACUUUAUUUUUUCUUCUUCUUUGUUUUGCUCAUAAACAGAACAUAAUGAACAAGUUGUUUCAAACUACGCUGUUGUCUGGACCGACUACUGUUCUUUUCUCCGUCGGCCAAAAACAAAACUAACGGGCGGGGUAGGUACAACUUAAUGAAAUAGUGUAAAUUAGUUACAUAAUAUAAGUGAUUUGUGGAACAAAUUCAGGGCCGUCAGGUACGUAACAAAAUGGUUUUGUAGAUAACACAGUUUUAUUUUAACGCUAUAAUGAUUUUCUGGUUGCAGCCUAAUACAAGUGAGAUUUUAUACAUUGAUGAAAAAAUUAAAAAAUGCAGCAAGAAUUUACUAUCGGUAAGGCUUAUUAUUUGUAUCUGGAUACAACUUAUUGCGAUAAUUGAUUGUCAGGCAAAAAUGAAAAAUGAAAAGAAAAGAGAGUUGCGAAUUGAACUAUCUUGGCCUUGGCUUUCAACAGUGCAUGGGAUUUCGAGCUCCAGUACGUUGAACCUCCAUUAAGCAGAGGUGUGAGUAAACGCGGGGUCGGGACCGUGGGCGGGGUCGGGGUCUAUCUUUUUGCUGAACAAUGCUUUCUUAGGGAUAGGGUUAGGAUUAAGGGUACGGGUUAAAUUUAGGCUCAGGAUCAGGGCUAAGGUUAAGGAUAUGUUAUGGUUAGGGUUAGUGGCGUUAUUUUGACUGCUUUUGGGGCUGUUUUGGCGGUAUAUACAGUACCGCAAAUGAUCCUGUGAAAAACUGAGGAAUGGAAUGUAUCUUAGUUUGACAUUGGAACAAGAAUGGGCUGCCACUCUUACAAUGUAACCUAGGAGGAAAAAGAAGGAACAUUUUCUUCUCACAUUCUAAAGAAAAGAGAGGAAUGACGCCAGAUCAAAAGGUUAAUUUAUUCAACCAGUAGAAAAGAAAAAAUGGAAUAAAUCUGAAAAGGAUAUAAUUUCCGUAUCAACCGUUGAUACGGUGGAUUCUAAACAAGAGGCUUGUUUUACUGGCAAGUUGGCAAAGUAGACGUAAAACUUGUGAGCCUAUAAGAUUCUAUCCUUAAAAACCAACUCCAUUACCGAACAAGCGAAAGAGACAAUUUCCACUGCCGAGCUAACGAUCAUGCAUUUCAAAACUAUAGGCUGAUCACCAGACCAAAAGAGCGCGAAAAUCUAUCCUACCGCGCGGGCCUGGGCUGGCUAGCAGCCACAACCGUAUUUCGCCCUUUGGCAAUUACUUCAAAUUUCGUCUCGUCGCUGUAAAAAUUUAAAACAGGAAUGACGUCACGCAGAAAUAAGAAUUAUUUCAACGCCUGGAAGCUAAAUACAACUUGUCUAAUGCACUUUCUAAUUCUUGGUAUAAAUCCAAGAUUGCGACCAUUGUUGGUGACGUCACAGGCCUCUGGCAGCGCUACUACCCAUAAAAUAAACCUUUUCUUAUUGAGAAGAUCAAUAAGAAGGCAAAAACGAAGGCAAAAACGUUUUGAAAAACUGCAACAUAACAAAAUCUCUAGGGAAGGGUUCUAUCAACCACCUUUGUACCACUGUGGGGGUACGAAUUUUACGUAUACGUCCGAGGGUAAAGAUAAGUAAUAUUUUGAAAUCAUUUUUUCUAAUACUGCAUGAUAAUUGGCUCGUGGGCAUCUGCAAACUGUUCCUUAUGAAAAUAAGAACUUAUUAGUUAUUGCAAUACGUUUUGUUAGAUAUACGCCUUAAAUAGCUGUUUGGUAAGUGCCGGAACUACACUCACAUUUGAAUAUCCAGGUAUGUACAUAUGUAGACACGGAUAUUGCAGAUUUCAAUUUUGUUUUCUUAUUUUGACCUCAUCCUUUAUUAAUUUCAUUUUAUUCUGAAUGAUCUAUAAAACUCCAAAUAAAGCCUCGGAGUGCUUACCCUCAAAGCUAUACAAAAACUGCAUACUUUGCAAUUAUUUUUUUCCCAUGCAGAAAAAUUUAAAGCGUUUAAUCAGUUUUGCAUAAAAAUCGAGAACUUAGCUUUUUGUGGUAUCAUGGAAACCAUAAUAAAAGAAUUUAAAAGGCACCCAGAGUUGUUAGAAGCCUCGAACGAAUAGGCUUAUUGAGGGAAUGUUACUUUACUUAAUAUAUGUAAACAUUGUAUGUAAUCGUCACAUGGUAAAUUAUUUGAUACGCAGUAGUAAUUGGUUUGUGCAACAAUGUCAACUCGGGUCAAACUAGAGAAAUUUGUAAAAGCGAAGCAAAGUAAUUAACACGUCAACUAAGUGUAAAUAAAAUUCCACUACAGACAAAUAGAUAAAAAACAGCAAAAAAAAAAAUACUAUCAUUAUGCGUAAUAUCUUCAUUUUUUAUCUUUCUUUAUUAUAGGAUGCGAAAAUACCACAGAUUUCCCCAAAGAUAAGUGCUACAAGUGUAAGUUUAUUUUUUAAACCCGAUUGCUUUGAUAAAACUUUGUACUGACAUUUAGUACAGGAUGGCGAAAAGGCUGACAGUCCAACCUUUUAAUAAAAUUGCUAAUGAAAGACGUAGAUUGUCGUCUUUUUCGGUAUACUCUAAGAUCAGAUAGACCCGUGCGUCAAAAGCCUGGUUAAACCAUGGCUUACCAGGGUGCAAGCCUGAUUGAACCAACCAGACUUUUCUGGUUGUAGGGCCUGGCUUACCAGACUUUACCAUAUGUGCAAAAAGCGCUGUUAACCAGGGUAUUCCUGGUAAGCCUGGUUAUUCUAAGAACCAGGAAAACCCGGCUUUAACCAGGGUCUUAAAGUGUUAAAUGAACCAGGUUUACCAGGCUCGAACCAUAGGUGCAAAAAGCCUGGUUAACCACGGGUUUUCCUGGUAAGCUUGGCAAACCUUGUUAUAAUUCAAACCACGUAAACCAGACUUGAACCAGGCUCUUGAAAUUCUGACUUAAGUUAGACUUACCAGGCUUGAACCAAAUGUGCAAAGAGCCAGAUUAACCAGGGUAUUCUUGCAAGGUAGCUUAGCAAGCUUGGUAAUUGAGGCUUUAGCAGGCUCUUAAAGUAAAUGAAUGAACCGGGAUAUCCUGGUAUACCAGGUUUUUUCUAGCUAACCUGGUUUUUCAUUUAAAAAACAGGAAAACCAGGCUAAACCUGCAAUUGUGGCUCUUGUUCAAAGCACUGAAUUAAUCAGGGUUUAACCAAGCUUGAACCAACUGAGCAAAAGCCUGGUUAAUUAGGGUACUCUUGACAAAUCCAGUAAAUCCUGGUUCCCAGCAUAUCUUUGAAAAACAAGCUAUACCAGCCUUAAACGGAAUAUAGAGAAAGCCUGGUUAUCUACGCUAUUCGAGAUGUAGACAAAUCAUUUAAGUGGAAACUUAAGUUGUUGUGUCACAGUUACAAGUUAAAUGUAAAUCUUACCUUUGGCUACUGUUGUUGCUUCAGUCAUCCAGUUAUCUUGUAAGUACAUGUACUGCAGCAACAUCUAAACAAAAUAAAAAACAGCCGGAAUAAAGGUCACGAUUACAUGCAGAAUAUUUGACCCAUCCUUGAAACAACACUUGUACCAUUUAAAAAUAAGUCUGUUGCAUAUAGAGUUGCACAUGACCCAUAAUCAAACACACUGCAACUAUCAGUAUCCCAGCACCAUUCCAAACCCUUUGUUUUCGUACGAAUUUAUAUAAUAACAGCUUCUUGAGAGAGAAACUGCUUAGAUUUGUCUAUAUUUGAUAUACCAUUGGGUUAGCAGUUUUAGUGUUUAUGGCCUUUUAUUGUACAGAAAGUAAUGUGCAAGAUCUUGAUUUAUAACUUCACCUGGUUUUGGUUCUGGUAUGACCAGAAUCGUCAAUUAAAGGAACUUUAAUUGGCCAUGUUCGCGAAAAAAGACGACCCGACGAAGGUUACAUCUCAAAGAGCAAAGGAUUUUGACGCCAGGCAAAAAAUUGUAGGCCUCCAAAUAUUCUAGAUUGUACCUUUGAAGUUUGGUGACUGUUGAGAAAGUUUUGAUAGGUGAAAAAAUGGUUCACACUAGAAAUGGCUUCCUGUUGAAAGAUUUAUUGGAAAUAUAAACAAAAUUUUGCGUAGUGCGAAAAGUGCCUAAAAAUCAAUAUUACGAGGGAAUUUGUAUGCUAAGUUAGAGGUAUUAGUCACUGAUCCAUUCAUUCGCGACUUAAUAAUUCAUAUCUCCAUGAGUUUUUCUAACUAGCCAAUUUUUUAUUUAUAUAUAUUUAUUUAUUUCAGUCCAUCCUCCAGAGGCACCAAUAGAAGACAGGGUAGUCAGAAAUAUCUCAAGUGCUAUUCCAUUAACUGCAGAAGAUGAUUAUCCAUUUAAUUUGACUAUAAACUGGGACCCACCUGCUUAUCAUUACAAAAAAGUGGUUCUAUACCUUGUCACGUUGUUCAUGUACAAAAAUAACAGCUGCUCUGGGGAAAUAAGUCUCGACUACAUUAGGUCUGGGCCACAGGUAAGUUGGUUGUAUCACCAGUCUAGGUUCUGGUGUCUUUUUUUUUUGUUUGUUUUGUUAUUUUUUUCUGUUUCAGAAACUAGACCCAGAUGUUAAUUGUAACAUCCGCUGCUGAUUAUCUUUCGUACUUCCUAUUAGUGUGCGUGGCGCGGUUCAGUCGACCUGCAACUAUAUCCUGCUUUGACUCCACCGAACUGGCUUGUUCCAUCCUACGUGGUGUUACAAUUUCUACAAUCCUGGACAAAAGUCCUUGGGACAGUACUGCAAUGUUCAUAUUUUCCUGUUAUUUCUCGGUUCCCUCUUAAAACAGUGCAUCCUUUUCGAAACUUUCUUGCAAUUCUCCCUCCCCCACACUACAAAAACUUGAAACUCAGAAAAAAUUCUGGAUACACGCGUCCCACGUGUCCGGUUGGGCCUGUGUGAAUUGGGAAACGCCCAAGAAAUGCAAAAGUGUCCCAAGACUUUUGUCCAUGAUUGUAGAAUAAUGAUUCAGUCCUCAACAUGUGACACCUCUGCCACAUGCUUUACUGAACUACUGCAAGUUGUUCUAUUUGUCUUUGCCUGAUUUUUCUAGCCAAGCUACACCUGAGUAGCAUGGUAAAUCACGGAAAUCUAAUGCUUCUACAUUUACUUGCAGGAGGAUCCGUUUAUUUCAUUUAUGUACCUUACACCUAAAAUGACGUACAAAAUUGAAGUAAGUAUUUUAAGUACAAUGAUCCCUUCUAUCGCAAUGUAGAGUAGGUACUGCUAAAAAACGUGUUUGCUUGUGGUAGCACAUAUGUAUUUUAAUUUUACUGUAAUUGUGCCGGAUGGCAUCCUAAGGGACACGCGUCUAAAUAAAUUAUUGGCUGCUCUUGACUUGUUAUCUUCAACAAUUCAUUCGUCAUUUAAUGUUUGACGCUUGACCGCUGGAUUUUUUGUGCGGUCAGAGAGAAAGAUGAGGCUAUUUUUUCAUUUUUCUAUAUAGCCAAUUGUGUUUCCCACUUCAUCGACUUUCUUUCGCAUGGAAUUUUGGCUGGCUUUCUUUCUAACAAAGGGAAAAAUUUCAGCUGUAAAGAGUAGUAGGUAAAUGGCAAAAUUAGCAGUGGUUAUUUUUUCCCCAAUUGUUGCUAGUUUUUUUGUCUGUAACUCUUUCAGAUUGGUCAAAAUUUGCUAAAUGAGGUACCUCUGGAAGAUCUACCCUCGUUAAUUUUGCUUAUUGCCAUGUUAAUAGGAAAAAUAAUGUGGAACAAAAACGAGUAAAGCGGACGUCAAAGAGUUUCAACUGUCGAAACAUCACCGAAUAAACGAGCCAACGUUUUGCCCGGAUUUUGUAAUAUGUGUAUCUGACCCGAAAUUAAUGAUUCUGUUUAGGUCGAACCGCUGUUCAAAGGCCUUUUACCUAAGUCAGAGAAGAGGGACAUAAACUUUACAAUACCUGGUUAGUGAAAUUUUAACCGACUUGAGACAGGACUUUAGCUGUUACAUGUACCUACCCCUCUCCUCCGAAGACUAUCCCGCAGGGUAUCCCAAUAAAAGUAGCAAUAAUCGAAAAAUAAAAAGCGCACGGGGGACGAUGGGAAGAGGGAAAAGGCAGGAGCUUCUGCCAUAUAAUUCAUUCAAGAUGGCGUCAGAUUUCUAAAGAAGACUGGAACUAGGUCACAUUCUCAUGAAUGUUUGCAAUGUGGUUCAACAGAUUUCCCUUUUCCAGCGACCCUUUCAAAAGGUGAAUUGGAGUGGACAACUGGGGGGCUGCAUUCUAAUAGGUCAAGUCUACAUAUCAGAAACGCUGACUUGGUACGUUCAUAACUAAAAAAAAAAAAGGUGUUAAUCAAUAUCAUUGAGACUCUGUUUUGCGUUUUACACUGUCAAAGCUGACAUUGAAAGAAACUUAAAUUUUCGUGUUUGGAUCUUUUGUAAUUUUAGCAACCCUGGUCUAGGAGACAAAAAACCCCGGUCCGUGCGUACUUUUCAAAACUAUUAAGGUGACCUUAAAGAUAAACGUCCAAAUAGUACAUAUUUGACCCUAGAGUAAAUCCAUUAAAAUUAAGCUGAAGUCUUAAUUAUUAUUCAAAGUCAUCCUCCUUCGUUCGACGGUUCCACACUUGGAAUUGGAAAUCAAAGAAAGCUUUCUUACAGCUGCAGGCGGCGAAUAUCAUUUUGAAGUAUGUACAAUUCACCGGAAUUCAGACUCACCUUUAGUUUUCGGCCUUUAUAGCAAAGCUCCACGCGCGCUCGAAGCGCGAGCGGAGCCCCAUAGCAAAGAAAAUUUGGUAAUCCAUGCAUCCAUCCGAGAAAAUUUGGUUAUGACGUCAGCCUACAACCGAACGCUGACCGUACAGACUCUGGGAGAGGGAGUCAGGAGUCAGCAGUCAGCCCGUCGAGGGAGGAGUAUGUUAUAGUUGAGGUUAAAUUUUUCAUUUUAAGCACCCCGCUCGUUUCGGCGGUAAAUCAACAUGGCCGCCCAGACUUUUAAAGAGGAAAAAAAAAACGAGUCUUUGUUUCCACAAAAACCUUCUUUCACUAGUUUAACUAUAUGAAAUAACGGCCAUUCCGAAUAAUACAUCUUAGUGAUAGGAAUGAGCAGGUUUUUCACGCCUGUAGGGCAAGAGAUCGUUGUAACUGAGGUUAGAGAAAAAACACCUUGAUAAUUAAUUUGACAUCAAUCUAACUACAAUUCCCUCUUUUUAGACAUCAAUCAGAACGAACUAUACGUUCAUUUUAAAGAAAACCAAUUGAACCCUUCGCCAAAAGGGAAUAGCUUUGAUGUAAACAUUUCUUGGGAUGGACCAAUUUUUAACAGGAGGCUGUCAGGAUAUCAGGUUACUUUCAAAGUUGGCAACCGCGAACCGGUUGUGAACGAAACUGUAAGUAUUUUAAAUUAAUUUUAUUUAUUUUCGCUGAAUGAAAACAGUAUUUGAAAUGAGCGUAAUCUAAACACCGUAUAACUGUAACAUAGAAUGGUUGCCUCCUAAGGUUAACUUCCGGGGUCAAAAACUAACCAUUUUGAAAAAUACCUUCACUGUUAUAAUGAUGGCACAUUAGAUGGUAACGUUAAACUGUUGGGGUUAACUUCCUCAUCCUCAUUUUGCGUCUCCUGUACUUUUUUAUUUUUUACUUUUUCUUUUAUUUAGAGCAGAAGGAAGUUCAUUGAGCGUCGCGUAGAAUUCCCAGUCCAUUGAGGUCAACAAAAAAUUUGCUAUCCGGGUGGGGGUUGGUAUUUUGCCGUUUUUAGCAGUGGCACUUCUAAAUGAAGCAUACAUGAGUUAAAAACAUGCAUGUCCGUAUUGGUAAAAAAGAGUAUGCUUUCGAGAAUUUUAGUGUGUGGAAAAGGACAGCAAUAUGUAAUAUAUCCUAUAAACCUUUAUGGUCACCUUUUCUCUUAGAAAAAAACUUACUUCAUUAUUCCGGAGGUGAUGCAUGGCGAGCAAUUUACUUACGGGGUAAGAUGUUCCUUUAAAUCAGUUCGGAUAAUGAAUGAGGCAGAGUAUCUUAUGAAGAAUUAUGGAGAUCGAGAUCUUCACAAUUCUUCAUAUGAUACGAAAGCCGAAUUCAAUAAUUGUUUUAUCAUUUAUUCAAAAUAAUUCGAAUAGCUAAAUAUAAUGUGAACCAAGCGAGGAAUCGUUGGUGUUUUAGCAUGUUGCUGUAUUUAGAGGGUUUAUGUUGAAGUCUUUCAACAUGUAAAGAGUUUUUAGUUUUUUCGGACUGUUUAGUGAAAUAAAAUUAAACAACAACAUACUGGUUUUCAUUCAGGUUACUCCCAAAUACGAAUUUGCGUGGUUGGAAGGAAACGAACAACUUGGGAAGACAACGAUUGAAGGUAUCAAUGACAAAGCUCAAAACGCUUCCCAGAUGAUAAAUUAAAGCGUUUUUACAUGUAAAAGUAAUAAUGCAAGUACUGAUCCUGUUUUAUCUGCGGAGCUCGUCCAUAGUGUUCGGCACCCUAACUCUAAGACCUGUCCUAAUUUUGAUAGCGAAGCACCAUGGGUAAGACAAAUUGGAAACCCAUGCAAGAAAGAAAAUUUUGGUUAUGACGUAGCGUACACCCGAACGCCGACCGUCCCUACACCCACUACAUGUAAGCUGAUGUCAAAUGUCAGGUUAUUUUGGCGCGAGCGUCCACCCGCGUUUUGUGAAGCAAAUACAACUAAAGAGUCAAUAAAGACGAAAACGGAAAGCGUGUAUCCGUGUUGCACUAAGCUUAGAUUAAUUGUCAUGUCCACAAAUUUGGAAUAUAGAGAAGGAGGAAGACAGAGAAAAGAGAAAGUAGGGCGACAGGCCAGCGAAGCUCUAGGAGAAAAAGAGCUAGAGCGAGAGAGAAAAGCAAAGGAGACUUUGUUCGUAGGAGGAGCAACAUGAAAUUUUGUAACGGCGGUGAGAAAAUGAAAAGUGCUUGCGUCCACCAGGGUGAAAAUCAUGUGAGCGACGUGAAAGAACACGUACGACUUACUUUUCCUCCAUAAAACGUGUAACCAGGCCGUUUCUGGAAGUUUCACGUUGUAGUCGUGCAAAAGGAAUUUACAAAAAAAGUGUGCUGCACGAGCAAAGUUGACUUAGACCUAUUGCUGUUUUUUCACCGUUCUCGUUACCUUUUGCCGCUUAGCAUUACUUGAUUUUAUAUUUUGUUUGAUCAAACUAUAAAUAUUAUCGAGAGCUUUGCUUUUAGCCCUGGCUAACUCUUUAUAUUAGCGAUUAACCUUUAGGGCGGAAUUACCAUUUAACUUUCUUUUAAAAAUAAAGAAAAAAAUCAGUCUUGAGGGCAAGGCCAUAAAUAUGUGGUUUUCACGUUACGUCAUCGCCGCCAUGCUGGUGGACGGUAAACAAAAGAUCGUUCAUUAGCUGGCUUUGUUUGUCCACCAGCAUUUGUUCAUUUCACCAUUGUUAUUUGUGUCUCUCGAGAUUGCUUGAAAACCACCUAUAUCAAUGAAAAUAUUUAAAUUCAAAUAACAUCUUAAGAUAAAUACGUCGUUAACUGGUACCUAGGCGGCGGAGAAUUUAUAAUGGAGUUAUUCUCUCCUGGAAGAUUAGGUGGGCAUCUGCUGAGCACAAUAAUUGCAUGGGGCAUGGGUGGCGGCUAUUAUUCUAGAAAUUAUUUCCCUAAUACAAGUACUUCUAUUCUUCCGUGCUUUUAGUUCCACCGGACAACUAUGUCAAGGUACGAAAUAUAGAAGUCGGCGAAUUUGUACAAGAAGAAGGAAAUAGCACAUUCUCCGUGAAAAUUUUGUGGACAGGACCAGUGUUCAGCUUUACUCUUUAUGGCUAUCACUUUACCUACGAGCUGACAGGAUACAAAAAAUAUGCAAUAAGGAUCAAAGGAAACGUGGUAUGAAACUUAAGAUACAGUUGAGUUAAAUCAGUCAUUACAGUUAAAUGCUAAGAUGAGUAAAAAUUGCUCAGAGCUUUUAAACCCUAUUCAAAUCGUGGGGAGCUUUUUACGCGCUGCUCAAUUUAAGUUGAAUCUAACUUUAAAAUAAAUAAGUAACGGUUUAGAGGCAGCACAUUCACUUAAUGGUUCUUCGCCUAUCUGAUUUCUGAUCGAAUCGGAAUUCGGAAGUGUUGGUUUUUGAUUGGAGGGAAAACCUGAAAAACCUCUCUGAGUAAAGGAGAGAACCAACAACAAACUCAACCCACAUAUGGCCGUUUUAGCUGAUUACACAGUACCAUAUAUUUCUUGUCUCAAUCUUCCAUUAUAAGACCACCCAAUUUUGGAUCGCAAAUUCAAGCUCUUCUUUUCCCCCUAAAAAGUAAUAAAUAUUGGAAAUAGGCAAGAAACCAGUCUAAUAGCACUUGACUAUUAUAUUUUAACUAGUUUAGCCAGGACUAUAACCUCAGGCCAUCAUGGUUGAUUGUCUUCCACUUGUGUUCACAGACGAAACCAGAGCUGUAUUUACCUGGGAUAAGACCAAAGGAAACAGUUAGGUUAAAGGUACGAUUAGCGAAUACAUUAGAUCCAAGAGACUAUAAAGGGGACAGAGAGGGCAUCCCCCAUAUACACCCUAUUCCAUAGGUAAUUUGUCUCGAGUUAUUUUUAACACCACAGAUCUCAAGGGGGAUUAGACAACAGCCAAUCACAUAGCGCGAAUGUGUUCCGCGUGGAUGACCCACGCUGAGAGCCACGCGUCCUUCACGAAAUGACGCAGAACAAAAUGGGGGAAGACGCGGAGAGCGAUUUUGCUAUUCCUUUUGUCGACGAAAACGACUACAGCGAGAUUUCUGCGAAAGCUGUGUCAGCGAAACCGAAAUUAAAAAAGAAUCGCCCUUCCUCUCUUGUAUAGAGCUAACAGUAGAGCAGGGAAAUCCUUAACACACUGAAUAUUCUCUCAGGAUCAUUUAUAAUUUACAGUUUGAAGAGAGCAAUUUCUGGUUUGAUGUUUAUUUUUUUCAGUCUUUAUAGCGAUUAUUCCUACCCACUUACUUUGUCAAUUGUAGGCGAACCCUCCUAAAGCUGAAUUUCAAGGGACCAUAUUCAAGCUCAGAAAGAGAAAUAAAAUUUCGUCGUUGCUUAUUUACGUCCUCCAUAAAACGCGAAAUUAGGCAUUUUCACGUCGUAGUCGUGCAAAAACGGGAAAGAAAUGAAAAAAAAAGUGUGUUGCACGUGCGAAGUUGUUGUUUUGCUAAUUAAACCUAUAUUGGUUUUUUGACGUUCUAGUUGUCGUCCGCGUCGUUAGAUCUUAAACUCCCUAAAUCGUACAAAAGACCGGUUUCAAUAGACCGGCGAAAUUUCUCAUUUUAUUAAAGCAGUGAGGUUACGACAACUUCGAGUUAAACUGAUUUCACGGGUUGUCAAAGAGUCCAGCGAUUCCUUUUUCCCAGGUGAGCGCCGACUCAUUUCGCUUCAAUAUUCAGGAAUGCUCUCGAUCCUUUUACGCUUUCAUUGCCUCUCGCCUGACAUGUUUUGCACGGCGUUUGGUCAUGCGAAACCUCCACGAAACAUCCACGCCUCGCGCGAGGUAACUUUAUCCCGAUUCUAAAAAUAACUCGAGACGAAUUACCUAUGGAAUAGGGUGUAUAUGGGGGAUGUCCUCUCUCUCCCCUUUAUAGUCUCUUGAUUAGAUCUCAUCAAAGCCAAGCGAGGCCAACAUCAUUUAGACACAAGUUCUGCGAGUAGCAUAGUAGGAAAAAAUUCGUUCAUUGGGUAGGAAUCUAAUUAAGAAGGGCAGAAAUUCAUUAAUGUGAUUAAUUUAUGAUGCCAUAGUUUUUGCUCUCAUGAAUAAUACGCGAAAGAGCUCAUCAAGAUAAAAAGACUUGUGUGCAUGCUUUUAGGUUGUUAAACUCGCAACCUCGUCCCCAGGGCACUUGAGACUAGAUUGGUUAGACUCGUUGGGCAACUUUCUAAUUAUUGCCGGGUCAAUGGAUGGCUUGGUUUUUUAUUGCUUGAGUAAAAGCUUUUAGCUAUAAAAAAUAAAUUGCGUAAGAACUUUAAUUUUUCUUAAGAAUAGUUUUUACGCAAUUUUUUCAUAGCUUAAUGUUUAAAAAGUCGCUUUUCUUUAAUUGACUAAAACUAUUCAUCGGCUGACUCAUUUUGUCAAAAGAAUAAGCACUAACUCGCCUAUGACUUCAUCGUAACGUAAUUAUGGGGUGUCAGUAAAACGAGGGGUCGGGGUUUAUCUUUUAUUUUUUUAAAAAAGGGGGUUUUAGGGUUAAGGUUAGGUUAGGGUUGUUUAGGGUUAGGGUUAUUCAGGGUUAGGUUUAGGAUUAGGAUAGGGUUAUUUAGGGUUAGUGUCAACCGCUGCGUUUUACUGACACCCGUAAUUAUGUAAGUACCUUUUUUGACCUGCCACUUUCAUUGUCCGACAAACUGCUUUUGUUCCUGUUCACUGAUUCUUGGCGCACAAAUUGUGUAUUUGUGUAUUGUGUAUACACCUUAUUCCAAAAUUGCCACGGCUUUACAAUUCUUUUAUAUUCAUGUAAAUUAGCCCUGGAUGCCUCGAUUCUACCUAGAAAUUCUUUUGAAUUCUGAAGAUGCGAUCGAGGCAUCGACGGCCAAUUAACAUAACUAUCAAAGAACAAAAAAAUUGUCGCCAUCUUGGAACAAGGUGUAUUGUGAAGGCAAACUACUCUCUUUCUAGCAUCAAGCAAAAUUUCUUGUUACAUGCCUCAGUUUCCUUCCUUUUACAACAAUGUCUGCACUACUACAUUUUUCUUGUUUUUACCACCGAAAACAACACGACAAUCACAUAUUAAUUGUUUUACCACCAGCGCCACUAUCACAAAGUUGUUUAAAUUGUUUUACAACCAAUACCGCCACCACAUUUAUAUUUUUGUUUCACCACCACCACCACCACCACCAACAUGACCACAUUUCUGUUGUGCUACCACGACUGCCACCACCUUCGUUUUCCAUACACGACCAUCGCUACCCACCACCACCGCCACUACCCAAUUUCUAUUUAUCCCUCCAUCACUACCAUCACCACCGCUCAUGGCCAUGCAAUUUACCGUAGCGAUUCUCUGAGACGCACCUUAACCUUUAUCUUAUCUUAAAAAAGACAAAGGAAUUAUGAAAUUAAAUUAAAUUGAAUUAAAUUAAAAGUAUAUUGACUCCCUAUUAUUAAGACCCUGUUUAUUUUGAUGGAAACUUGUGUUGUCUUUCAGGUUACACCGAUGUAUAAAAACAAAAAUAUACAGAAGAUAGAAAAUGAAUUAAUGGAAACUGCACCAGGUUAGACAAUAAGAACCGUAAGAAAUCAUCGAUUUCUGAGUUUUGUGCAACCGGAGCUUCAGACAGUGAGCCUAAUUUAGAAGUUAAAGGUCAGCUGUCAGUACAUAUCAACGGAGACAUCGUAAUUUUCAUUAUUACAUAUAGGAUUCUUUAGUUUUAUGUUAAGGCACACAAGAUUCCCGCCCCUUGGAAUACCGGGUAGAACAAAUGGGGAAAUCAUGGUCUCCUUAAAUAGAGUACGAGGCAAAUGUUCGCCUACCCUACACGUAAGUUGAAACGGUGUGUCAAAUUAAGGUCCCUAUAGCUAAUUCAUCGAUCUUCGAACUCUAAUAUAAUACCAUUUACCCUAGCACCUAGGGCGGAGCUGUUAAAGGUUGUUGGACUGAAGAACGAGGAACUAGUUCCCAGUUAUUCCACCUCAUUCAGAACGAUAGUUAGAUGGAAGAAACCACUUUUUACACAAAGUAAUGUCAGCUAUUAUGUAUACAGUACUUCCAAGAAAAGGAAGGGACAGAGAGAACGAAGAGCUAGUGGCCCCUACCUCGAAAACACAACGGUGAGUUACUUUUUGUUGCUACUGUCAGUAUGCGCACAUACUAGGGCAGUAACUGCAACGAAAUUUUGAAUAAAACGAUUAUACUCAAUUUACAUGCACGGCCAAUUUAAGCCGGAUUUAACUUUUGUACACUCUUCUUAGCCGACGUCACUUAUUGUUACCUGGCAUUAUUAUAAGACUAAGUCUGUUUUCGCCAUUCGAUUGGUCAAUUUGUGGUCCUUAACUUAAGGACCACAAAUUGACUUGCUAUACGGACCAAACGAACCUAUACGGACCUAUUUAAUUUUUAAGUUUAAUUUUUUUCUUACACUAUUCAUUCAAAUUAUCACUCCGUCUCUGACAACCUCGUUCUCAGGUUCUCUCUUCUAUCCGGUAGGGACGGGUAGGAGAAAGCCCUGGGAACGAAGUUGCGUUUCUGAUUGCUUUAAAUGGCCCAGCUAAUCUUCGUAACUAGCUUGUAGUGAUGAAAUUUGGAAGAAGUUGCCGAUAGCGGUACAAUUGCUAACUGCCAGUUGCACACAAAUGGACAGAAUAUGGGACGGCGGAAGACGCGGUAACUCAGCUAUUUUGGCAGAAAUAGGAGAAGGUUGAUUGCCAGUCAGUUCCUAGUCUUCUGCAUCUCAGAACGUGCAUGAUUCAGGUUAAGAGACAAAGGAAACAAAGAAUCAUGUUGGAAUUUUUGGCCUGAAUUUAAUUUUGACCAAUAACAAAAAAGAAGCAAAAUAAAUGCACUUUUUCUAACAGUUUUCGUUGCAAUAUUAUUUGGUGUGUAUACAUUUUUUUACAGACAGAAACUAGUGUCGUUAUAGAUGGAAUUCACUUGAAUGAGAGGGUCAAAUUUCAGGUGAGUGAGGUCUUGUUUGUGCACGAAGGGUGGUUUGUAAGUCUGAGUAUUUGCAUCUCUGCACUGCGAACUGACAAAUUUUCUUAAAUGUCGUUAUAAUAAUGGCGGAACUUUUACAGGUGCAAUUUGUUGGCUAUAUUAAGUAUUAAUAUAAUGAUGUUGAUAAUAAUAAUAAUAAUAAUAAUAAUAAUAAUAAUAAUUUUAAUAAUAAGAAUAAAAUAACUGUUUUUAUUAUUGUUAUCAUUAUAUAAUUAACAGUUAAUGAAUGAGGCUGAGUAUCUUAUGAAGAAUUAUGGAGAUCGAGGAGGGUGUUAUCCGUCGAGGCCGUAGGCCGAGGCGGACAACACCCUCCGAGAUCUCCAUAAUUCUUCAUAUGAUACGAAAGCCGAAUUCAAUAACUGUUUUAUUAUUCAUUCAAAAUAAGUCCUAGUUAAAAAACAUGGCUAAAACAUGCUUACCUCCAUCGAUCUAUCGAUGUUCAGUUCAUCUUCGAUAGUGCACGUUUAGGUUUGUCCAGCUCCGCAAAUAUUCUCCAAAUAGCAGAUGUCGCCCUCCGAGUUGUCUUCUUGCUGUUCUUGCCAUGUUUUUAGAUAUUUUUUCGCCUAGUUCUUACUCUUGAAACGAGUGAAAUGUCCGCCAUUUUUUCAAGUUCACAACCAAAACAACUCAACCUCGUCCCCAGUCAUUUUUGACGUCAUUUCCUCGUUAAAGUCAAAAUUCUUCCAAAUUUGGUCAUCAGUAACUGGUUAUGGUGAAUUAAACGUGUGCUUUUAGCCAAUCAGAAUCGGGGAAAUAUUUUGAAUGAAUAAUAAUUAAUGAUAAUGCCUUAAUAAAUGCUUCAGAGUAGGCGGAUAUCCAUCCCUUCUGGGUAAGAGGCAGCUGGGAAUUUACUAAUUUUUCACUGUUGCCUUUGUUAAACUAAUGUUUACCCUGUUCGUUCCUCCAUUUAUUUGUUUAUCCAGCAAGUUAAUAAGUCUUGAGCAUUGAGUGACAGACCUAAAUGGUACCAGAAGUACAAUGUUUCAUCAACUGAAGAUUUUACUAGGCAUUUUAUUACUAUAUCGUUUCAUACUACACGAUGGUGCAGUACUCUUCAGAUAAAAUAGCCUAAUGGUAGAAACCAACAGUAUACACGCUGAUUAUAACUGAAAUUUAAAAUGUGGUUACUACGGAUACAACGCUGUUUCUAUGGGUUCUAUUAUGCAACAGAUGAGGAUUUGAAAUUUUUCAACAGAAAUUUGCUAGCGUGUCUGUCUAUAGGAAGAUACAAGCUUGUUGCGCUUGUUAAGAGCGGCUAGAUGGGGCUUACAGAUUAUAAAAUAUUUCUCCCAUAGGCAUAAAUUACAUCGUUUGGAAGAGGGGUUGUAGGCGAUAGCCUGCUUCAGAAUCUUCCAGGUGAUCCGGAAAUUUAUGUUAAAUGGUAAAUGUAAAUAAGCCGUUGGUGAGCUAAACUGCAAUUAUUACAUAUUUGACUACUACAGUGUUAUUUUUAAAAUGGAUGUAUUCAGAAUCUUGACCAUGGCAUAGCCUUUUUCCUUCCCAGGUCACUCCUGUUUAUGAAGCGUCUGCCGUAACGGGAACUACUGCUAAGAUUUCAAUUGUUCGAACAGAACCAAGUAAGCAAUUUGACGGUUGCGUAUAAUUAGUAUAUAGAUUGAGCUAGGGCUAAAAGCGAAACUUCCGUUUGUAUAUAUAUAAUAAAAACAAUCAAAUUUGAGCAAACAAGCUUUAAGCCACCCCAAAGGCAUUUUCAAAUCCCUAUUUAACUGUAUUCGGCAUCAAUUUACUUUAAGAGGGAGAGGUUAAAUGACUAAGAAAAAAUAUCCUUCAAACACACUAUGCAUCAAGUCCAAUCAAAGUGAUAGAAUUCUUCCAAACUACGUAGACAUGAUCGAAUCCACAUCAAUUUAAUUUGCGAAAUUAUGGGUCUCUUCAGUAGCAGCAGUUUACUUGUUACGAUUUCUAGGGUCAGUAUGUGAUUGAUUGAUUGAUUGAUUCACUUUUAUUUGAAUACGGUAAUUUCAUAAGUUACAUAACUUCUUUGCAUGAAAGCCGUAUAGAAACAGAAGUAAAUACUGUACAACUACACUAAAAAUAUGUACAAAUAAUAAAAUAUAGUAAAAUGUAGUCAACAGUUUGCCUGCCUACUAGCCAGUUUUCUUUUAAAGUUAGCUUUAGAUUCGGGCGCUUUUAUGUCAUUUGGUAAUGAAUUCCACAGCAUUCCUCCUCUGUAUGAGAAAGACCCUUUAUAAUAUUCUGUUUUUGGAACGUGGUCCAGUACAACAUUAUAUUCCGUAUUUCUUAGCAUAGACUUAUAAGGGUUGUUCUCACAGACAUUCGAGAAAGAUCGCUUAAGUAACUAGGUACAUUUCCAUUCACUGUACCAUACAUUAAUAGACUUAAGUGCCUUUGACGACUUGAGGCAAGCUCUUCCCAGUUUAGUUGUUUUCGUAUUUGUGCUGAACGAACGUCAUAACCUUGAAACGUUAUUAUGGACGACUUUGAGUUCCCGUAAGCUUAUUAAUAAGAUGUGUUUUCUUUUCGGGCCCGGACGAACACUUAAGUGUAGCCUUUACAUUUACACCUCACACUAUCUGAUAGAAAAUUUUACCGUUAGGUGGUUAUUUUCUGUGAGGGCAGACAUAGGAAUGCAAAUAACAACCUUUUUCGCUACUAAUAACUGUAAUUCUUUAUCUAACACGCACAAACUUUGCGUUUCGUGUUCAAGUGUUGUGCAGUGAAUUCACUGAGAAACGUGGGAUGGCUUAGUUCAGUAAUACACUACAAAUCAUAAACGCUACAACAGCUUCAAUCUUGUUUUGAAAAAGCGAAACUUGGCUCGUAAAUCGGACAAAGGGAGAGCUCUCAUAUUUUUUUCAGCGAGUAUAUAUAGAAAGUGUAAACAAACCCAUCAAACUUCAUUAAGCGGUAUUCAGGACAUGAGUUAUGGGCAAAAAAGCGGCACUUCAAAAAUGCCUGAAUGACAAGUUAUAAAUAUGAAAAUACCGAAUAACACAAUUCAGUUUUAUUCAAGAAAGGCGAGUAGCCCACCUGAACUGUUUCUAAAUCUAAAUCUCACGAUCUGUAAUCUCACGAUAGCUAUUAGUGUUUUGAAUGUUAUGAAUGAGCAAUAGACAGAUAAAUUAUUUCUCGAAGAUUUUUCACGUGACACUAACUUGAUCGUGGAUCCGUUCACCCAACUAAAGCUGGCUGAACACAUGGCAAAAUUCAAGAUAAAAUUAAAAACCAAAAACCAGAUCUUUAGGAUGUAAAUUAUGAGAUAAGUAUUUUUAGAGUUUAGCUAAAUUCAAUUCAAUCGCAUUAAUAAGUUGAAUCAAACUGUAAAAUAUAAGGCUCAUGGAAAGUAUGGCGUUUGCCCCAGUCCUACUGAAUUUAUUUAUUUUUUCUGUUCUUGAAAGUGUUAUGACUAGAAGAAAGAAUUUCACAACUAGUAUCGCACCCAGGCUAAGCUCUCCAUUACGUACCAAACUCUGAAAAAGUCAGUGCAUACUAAAGAAUGUCUUUCAUAAUUGGCCCAUUAGCCCUUUCCCGAACUUUAAACGAUACGUAAGCUCAACCUUGGCACUUGGCUUGGUGCUUUCUAAGACUAGUAUUAUGUACCUUUAUUGUAGCUUUGCCUAGUUACCUAUGACCGAAUAUUAAUCGACCAUUAUAAAUUGAGUCCCUUGUCUACACGAGGUAAAUAUAACGUCAUGGCGUCGUAAACUCCAACAUUAUUGAUACCAAAAGGUUUAGUUUUAUCGUUUGUCUCUCGAUUGUCACUUUAAUAUUGAUAGCGACGUUUCGACCUCACACCGCAGGUCCUAUUUACCGACUCGAACUAUUUGCACCACGUUGGCUGUUAGUGAUUGGUGUAUCGCAAACCUCGCUCAUGGUCAAGGAGUGCGUUUCGAUCCAAAGCAUUGUUGGCAUUGUGAGAAGAAGAAACUGAUCCCUCAACGGUCCGCUGUGGUAGAAGUCGGUUGUCAUGUUGUCUGAUUGUAGGCAUCCACGCUUCAGGAAUCUUAAUUCCACUCCCCUGUUGAUUGUUAGGGUGAAGUCUUAUGUGGAUAACCUCCUAACUCUACGAAGGUGCCAGUGAGGGUCUCGGUCAAUAAACUUAACUUCGUCCCAGAGCCGAUGAUACCCGGUGUUAUUGGCGUGUUCGGAAACGGCCGAAGUUUUAUACAGUGGUGUAACAAGCGACUCUUUCCAAAUGUCAGGGAAACAUCCGGAUUCGUUAUGCAAGUUACAUGCAUAAAAUGAAAGCUCUAUUACAGUAGAGCCCGUGGUGAAAUUCAUUUGGCAGUGCAAUUUACCAAUGGGUUUAUAUGGCACUUUUAAAAUGCCCUCUUGAAGGCUGGUGUUCAGAAGGCAAAAAAAGAGACCCCCCUCCCCCGAAACUCCAAAACUAACAUUCCCAGAACUGAGCCAAAGUGGCCUUUGAAAUAUCUCAUCACACCCAACUUCUGUGCCAUGUUUCAGCCAAAUCAGUUGACCACAACUUUUGGUCUCUGGAACACUUUCUCAGAGAGUGACACAUAAGACUUCACCUUAACAAUAUCAACAGGCACAGUGGAAUUGAGAUUCCUAAAGCGUGGAUGCCUACAAUCAGACGACAUAACAUCCGACCACUACCACAGCGGACCGCUGAGGGAUCAGUUUUUUCCUCUCACUAUGCCAACACUACUUUGGAUCGAAACGCACCAACCAUGAGCGAGGUUUGUGAUACACCAAUCACUGACAGCCACGUUGGUACAAAUAGUUCGACUCAGUAAAUCGACUUUAUCGCCUGAUGAGGACCUGCAGUGUGCGGUCGCGUCACGACCAAUAUCAAAGUGACAGUCGUGAGACAAACGAUAAAACUAAACCCUUCAUACAUAUUAUCCAUGAUGAUUAAUAUCUUCCCUCACAAUAUCGAUAAUCUGUGUUGUUUUAUUACCAGAAGCAGAAGGGGCCCUUGGCAGCCUGGGUAGUUUUACGCCUGGUGUAAUUGCUGGACUAGUGAUUGGUUUUCUGCUCGCGGCCGUUAUUUGCAUGAUCUUUAUUUGGUGUCGCUGGAGAAGACAGAAGAUUUCAAAGAAGAAAGGUCUAAUUCUAGGGUAAACAAUAUUUUGUCUUCAUAAUAAAAUUAGACGUGAGGAAAUAUUUUGGGGAAAAUCGAAGGACGAUAAAAUUAAGAAAUUCAAGAUUGUUAAAAAAAACCGUUUUAUUGGGUAAUACUUGCAAAAAAGGCUUGUAACUAAGCAACAGUUAACUGGUGACUGAGUUUUUUAAUAUAAAUAUGAGAAAAACUUUUUUUUUCUUAAACCAGCUCCGCAUUUCUUGAUGGACCUCUUUAGACUCAGAAUUCUUCAUAGUUUUUGUUUUGUAUAAUGACUCAACAAACAAGAUAUUUAUAACGUUUUCAAACAAUUGCAACAGUAAACUCUUAUCUCUCUUUUUUGCAGGAAAAACGGCUUUAUUAUUGAUCAUUGGGAGGUAGAUGGUGACCUUGUUACGCUUGAAUCUGAGAUUGGAGAGGGAGCCUUUGGUAAGGUGUACAAGGGAACUCUAAUCAAACCCACCAGCUCUUUGCCCCAGAAGUUUUGUUUGAAGCCGUGGAAGAAAACUACUAAAACUGUCAGUGGAAGUGAAACAUACGUAGUUGCGGUAAAAGUGCUUCACAGUGAGUAUCAAUUGUUCCUGGUGUUGUAAAUAAUAUACACUGAAUAGUUUCUGACAAUCCUUUGUAAAGGUAUAAGCUGAAUAACUUCAGCUUGAGUGUCAAUGUAUUUAGCACAAAAUUACUAGUUAAGGACACCAUUUUUACGUCUCUUGCUGGAGACGGGACCGCCAUUUUACAUGGUCAUCCGGGUCACCCGAAGGUCUAGCCAAUUGUAGGAAAAGGCAGUACCUUCAUUUUUCAGUUACUUUAAGACUCAGAGUAUUGGUCCGACCCCUGGAAUCGAGCCCGCAAUCUCCCGCUCUGCAGUCAAGCGCUCUGCUGAAUGAGCUUUUAUCCUGCGCGGUUAAUACUUUCCCCAGGCUCCAUACUGUCUAGCUAAAAGCCUCACCGAUAAAAUCGAACCAGAACCGAUCCAGAGAAAGACAUCCAUUAUUUUCUCUUUGCCAUUAGAUAUGCCAGAUGAAAGUGUACGGCAAGACUUUCUCGACGAAAUUCAGUUGAUGAAGGCGGUGGGGUCACACAAGAAUAUUGUUAGCAUGGUCGGCUGCUGCACUCUCGAGGAACCUAUGUUUUUGUUAGUGGAAUAUGCCCCGUACGGUGAUCUCCUACACUACCUCAGAAAACAUAGGAAAACGGUAUUUAUUCCCUUAAAUACUUACAUACAUACUUAUAUUCCAUCCCUAAUCAGGUCUUUUCAGAAGUACAGACAAACAUAUUUAAUAACUCUCUUAAAACCAAAUAUAAAUGACAUCAGAACUAAAAUAUUUAAUAUAUAGAUUUAGCCAGGGCUAAAAGCGAAGCUCUCGAUAAUAUUUAUAGUUUGUUCAAACAAAAUAUAAAAUCGUGUAACGCCAAGCGGCGAAGGCAACGUCGGAGAACGGUGAAAAAACAACAAUACCAGAUUAAUCGUUUUUUCGUUGAAAGGUGCACGUCGUGUGAAAAAAACAUGUAAAGAAACGGCAACAAAACGUGCUGAUGUUGCACUUUGAAGGUCUUUGAAAAUUAUGGAGGAAAUUUCGUAAGUGUUCCCGUUCACUUUUUUUUUUCACUCUGCUCAUUUUCUCCUUGCAUUGGUGGCCGCUACUGUGCCGCUAGCAUUGUCACCCUCCGCUACAAAAUUUUCAUGUUGUUCUUCCAACAAAAAAAUGCCUCCUUUGCUUUUUAUCUCUCGCUCUAGAUCUCUGUCCCCCUUUUUCUCUUUGAGUUUCGCUGGCCUGCCGCUUUUUUUCUUUUUCUCUGUCUUUCUCUUGUUCCAUAUUCCAAAUUUGUGAACAUAACAAUUAAUCGAAGCUUAAAACUUUGGAAAACACGAAUACAGAAACAAUUUCCGCUUUCCGGUUUCGUCUUUAUUGACUCUUUAGUUGCCUCCGCUUUGCAAGACGCAGGUGGCUAUGCGAUUUCCCGCCAAAAUAACCUCGAGUUGCACUUGAGUUGCCAUACCUGUUGAUUGAGUUAUUUAACAUUGGUAUGCCUGUGGUGCGGACGGACGGUCGGGCGUACGGUCACGUGAUUACCAAAUUUUCUCGGAUGGGUAGAUUAUCACAUUUUCUUACCCAUUGUGCUCCGCUGCGCGCUUCGCGCGCGAGAGCUCCGCUAUAAGCUAAUCUCUAUUAGGCAGGUGAAUAAUUGUAAUUUUAAAAUUAUCUAAACAGCCUAAGAUAUAUAAUGCUAUUUGUUAAGAAAUUAUUCAAUCAGAUUUUUUCGCAUUGCGUUCUUAAAAGUGUUAUCGUCUUUGCAAAGUUUUAGCCUUGAUCAAAGUUUGAGCCUAGUAGUAUGGAUAUGGGAUUACGAUGCCAAAAGAAAUUUUGUUCUUCUCAAAACGGUAACAUCCAAGCUUUCAAGGCUCUUAUGAACAACACCUUUUUUGCCCCCUUUCCCCCCCCCCCCCCCCCCCCCCUCCACAAAAAAAACACAUUCUCCAAUUAAACAACUAUUCCAACACCCUAUAAAAAAAAAACAAAUUCUUAUUUUCUAAUAUAUGACAAUUAAAACAAAAAUAUCUAAAAAUUUUUAACUUACACAAAUUGAUUUCAAUCAAAUUUUUUGGCAUUGCGUUCUUAAAAUUGUUAUCGUUUUUGCAAAGUUUUAGCCUUUAUCAAAAUUUGAGCCUAGUAGUAUGGAAAUGGGAUUACGAGGCCAAAAGAAAUUUUGUUCUUCUCAAAACGGUAACAUCCAAGCUUUCAAGGCCCUUAUGAACAACACCUUUUUUGCCCCCUUUCCCCCUCCCCCCCCCCUCCCAUUUAAAAAAAAAAUUCUCUUACAUGAGUAAUACAGUUGUCCCAAAACAUAUUGAAAACAAUGCUUGUUUUAUUGGCAAAAUAUUGGAGUGUAAACAACGUGCAUUUAACAAUUAUUCCUCGAGCCCGAAUGGGCCUUCGGCCUCAUGGGCUAUUGACUCAGAGGCCAUGAGGGCGAGAGGAAUAAUUAUUUUAGUAAAAUCCAACUAGUUGGUCAAAAAUAUUGAGAAUAAGAGAAUUUUUGGCUAUUUAAAGCUAGACUUUAAUCCUUUUUUGUCGCCAAAAAUCGUGCGCUUUUCGCUACAAGUAGGCUAUAACGUAUAGCCUAGUAGUAGCUCAACCAAUCAGAACGCAGCAUUGAUAAUAGACCACUAGCUGGAUUUUACUAAUAUGUGAGAUAACAUGAAGUGCCGAAUACGUUCGUAUCCUAAUUCUUUACGUCUUCCUGGCCUUCCAAAAGUCAAACAAAGAGCAUGGAGGUUCCGUCACAUUCAUUACACCGGAUGAUAUGACAAACAGGAUGAAAACUAGCGGGGAAACCAAAAGCUUGAAAAUGGAAGAUCAGGAAGAAAAAGAAGACCACAACGAGGAGAUUUUGACCUAUGGAAAUCUAAUGGCGUUUGCUUGGCAUAUCUGCCAAGGCAUGGUAAGCAAGCCACCAGUCUUAAGCUACUUUUUUGAGAAAAAUGUACGUCCAAAAUGAAGAAAAAAACGCCAGACUUCUCCUUCUAGGUAGCACAAAUGGCUUGCUUCCGGCCGACUUACACGCAGAGUCUUUAAACAACCGAAGCUAACCGAGGAGAAAGUGCUAAGUUUUUUUCUCUGCCAUCUGCAAAUGGUUGAAAACUUUUUUGAUUUGCAGUGACUCGGAUAGGCUAGAGUAUGACGAUAAACUCAGGGCCCUUUCGCGCGGUCGUUCCACCUCAUCUGAUUUUGCACAACGUUUAAAUUUCUGACAUAAAAUUGUUUUUUUCUUGUGUAAGGACUACCUGGCGAGAAAGGGAUAUGUUCAUCGCGAUUUGGCGGCUAGAAAUGUACUUAUUGGAGAAAAUAAGAUUGCAAAAGUGUCAGACUUUGGACUGAGUCGACACGUGUAUGAAGAGAAAGUUUACCAUGGCAAACCAAACAGGAAACUGCCCUUGAAAUGGAUGUCAACAGAAGCUAUCUUUGACCACACAUUCACGACGAAGAGCGAUGUGUAAGAUAACUCAUCAAUUAAUGCAUGUAAACUAAAUAUAGCGCUCUUCGUAAAUGAAGAAAGUAAAAAACUAAUUCAUAUACACUUUCAACGCAAAGUUCAAAUGAAUAAAAUGAUCAAAUAGGGCGAGCUUAUACUCUGCUGACAGAAGUUUCUUUUCGGCAUGGGUUUUAACUUUAACGAAGUCGUUCACGUUGCUGGCAUUCGCGUAGUUGGCUUGUUUACGACUCCGCAUACGCUAAAAGUCAUGCCGGAAAGAAACCACAGUAGUAUAGUAGUGAUAUUUACUCCUUUUUGGGGAGGAUCUCAUUACUUUGCGAUCAAAUGCAUUAACGCCAAUGACGUCGUAGCCAUUAGUCUUUAACUCAUGUGUACAAUGCGGUGGAAUCUCAUUUAUGUAAGGUCAUGUAUACGCGCUAUAGGGGUUUUUAAACCCCGUCAGACAGGUGUUCUAGUUUCUAACAAUACGACGAUUAAUUGAGAUUGACUAAAAGCUAAGAAAAGCAUCCAUUGGUACAAGUGUAAAUUCAACGUGUCGAUACCUCGUGACGUAAUAACCCAAGUUUUAUUUCCUGCUGCUUUCGUUAUCCAUCGAUCAUAGACAGCUUAUUGUCCUGCUUCCGUUUUACGGUUCUCAGGCUGUGACUUUCCCCAGAAAAGAAAUGAAGAAAGGUUUUUAUAGCAGUACCGGUGUAUUGUGAUAGUCCCGUGAUGGACUUAAUCAUCUUAACUUAUUCACAUAAAGGAUUUUGCAAGUUAAGUGCAUGCACCGUCAAUCCCAAUUAUUGUAAGCUAUACGUAAGGCAUCACCCAGUUCCUUUAACAAAAACAUACCUAUCUUUUCAAUGACAAAUCUAAUUUCGUUCCUCGUAUUUCUUACAGAUGGGCCUUUGGAGUAGUACUCUGGGAAAUAGUUACUCUAGGUACACUAACAGCUAAAUAUAUCUGUAUACAAAUUCGAGUAAACAGUGACUUUCAACAUCAAGAGCGUUCUCGAAAAAUAUGAUAUUGACGGAGUGGUAAACAUUUACGCCUAUUUUUAUCAUACUAAAUAAACUGAGACAACGUAGUAUUGGCCUACUCAGCACGUGAUCAUUUUUCGUUUACGCGCAAAAAUCAUUUGAACCAUUUUUGGAGGAAUUGCGUGACACUGCUGAUAACUGCCCUGUUGUUGCAAUAUUGCCAAAAAAAAAUACGUAGGUAGUAUUUGUGCCAGUUCAAGCAGAGGGUCCAGAGGAGAUUCGUGUGAAUAAAUGAAUUACUUAUUUAAAGUCUCACCUUGAAAAAUGUCUAUACCUGUCGCUUAGCACGACUAAUUAGCCCAAUGGGAUCUUUAUGAAUCUACUGUAAACGAUUUCUUCGCUUCUUAUCUGACCCAGAUCGACUUUGUUGUUCGCCAUUUUGAAAAUCAAUAACCGCAAGCCAUAUCCCCGCUGGCGCACGGCACGUCGCCCGAAGCGCGACCGAGACACGAAGUACCGAGUAAAAAACGGACAAGCUUUCCGUAUUUUAUACUGUAAGCCGAUCUUGCGAGCCCUCAAUCCCUUGGUUUGCGGUCUGUAGAAUGUGUAACGAAACUGUAACGCGAUCAAAAUAACCCAUUUUUCAGAGGUUUUCGACGGGUUUUGAUGUUCUAACGACAAACGCAUCUCCUCUAGACCCUGUGGUUCAAGUGCAAACUCUGAGAGCUGGGAAAAUAUUGACUUUUUAAAAGUUUUUCCUAAAAUGGCUAUUCGGUGUUUAUCGCCAAAUGCCCAGUUUUCUCUGAAGAAAGCAUGGCAAGCCCGUUUUUCUAUUAAUUGGAUUUUAAUAUAAUAUAGCCCUUAGUAUGAUCCACUUGUCUUACAAAGUCCUUACUGGUCUUACAAAAAGGCGUUUUUGAGUGACGCAGGUCAACCGGGAGUGGUCUUUUUUGCAUUUAUGGGCAGUAAUCUCGCCCAAAUGUAGGGAAACCGUCUCUGCAAGUGUGAAGACACUUAGCAAUACAAAUCUGUUAGUGUCACGAAAGGUAUACCAGGGAAAAGGUCUCAAUUCCUGUUGACGUACGUCGUUCAAAAACGCGGGCCUUUGCUUAUAAACUCCCUACAAUCUUGGGAAAUACUUGGCAUCUCUGGGAUCCAGCCGUCUAUAAUACUGACUCCUGAAUCAUCAUAUCAGGUGGGACGCCAUACCCUACCAUAGAAAGCAAAGAGCUAUUUCGACUGCUAAAGAAUGGGUACAGAAUGGAAAAGCCAGACACUUGCAACAAAGAGCUGUAAGUCAUGACAUUGAUGAUGUAGAUAUUGAACUUAAAUAACCAUUCAGUUACCAGCAGCUAGUAGUUGAUUCUUUGUGUACUUGGUAAAUUUCUUUUACUUUUUUUUGUUUUUUUUGUUACAGUUACAAAAUGAUGCACGACUGUUGGCAGGAUAACCCUGAAAAUCGUCCCACCUUCACCCAGAUUCGGGAGACCCUGGAGACUAUAAUGCAGAAGGACAAUCCAUACGUAGACCUGACUGCUGUGAAAGAAUCGCACGUCGAAUACAACGUGCAGUGUUUUGACAGUAUGGCGGAGGAGUCCGACGAUGAUCAAAGAGACGACAAUGUUGAAGUGGUGUGCCACGAAGGUAUGCAAGAU